AGUAAACAUGCUACUGCAGCCCACGCUCUAUUUAUAAUUAUGCGGGAUGAGUUCGAGAGAAAAUGAUGACUUUAGCAAAUUCUUGGAUGAGUUAUCGGAGUCUCUGCACCGUGACCGUUCUCUUUCGUUUCGACUCAGUACCAGCGAAGUUACAGAGGAGGAAAUCGAAGGGGAGACCAUAAGCUGUGUGUUUGAAUAUCUACUUCUAAGGGAUUGCCCAUCAUGUCUAACUGCAGCGCUUGCGAGGAAAACAGCAGAUGGCGUACUAUCGUCCGACAUCAGCGGCUUCUACGACAUGGAGCAGUCAGAAAGUGGCGCCCCCUUACUCUCGGCUCGCAAACUGGCGCGAGCGAUCUUUCGUCAUCUGAGAGCGAGCUGCGACGCAGUAAGAGAGGAUCUGCCGGGACUCUCCGUCGUCGACGGCCUUGCCUUCUCGAUUCACACCAUUAAGAACACGCGGCUUUCCAUGGAGGACCGCCACGUCACUCUUACACCCUUCAAUGCACUGUUCGGACUGCCAGAUGUGCCGUCGCAGUCAUUCUUCGCGAUCUACGAUGGACAUGGAGGAGUAGAGGCUGCCAGGUAUGCAGCCACCCACCUCCACGUCAACAUCGUGCGAAACCCUCACUUCCGCGACGACGUCGGGCUGGCGCUCAGAGAGGCAUUCCAGCAGACGGACGAUUCGUACUGCGCAAGAUCUCGCCGUGAGGGGCACAGGAGCGGCACAACGGCCAUCGUGGCGAUGGUGUGCAUGAGCGCGCUUCACAUCGCCUGGUGCGGCGACUCUCAGCUCAUCCUAGUCCGUGACAACUCGCGCCCGGUAUCUGUGAUAAACCCGCACCGACCCGACCGCACAGACGAGAGGAGACGAAUAGAAAGUGCAGGCGGAGAUGUCAAGUGGUUCGGUACAUGGAGAGUAGACGGCCUCCUCUCCGUGUCUCGCGCUAUAGGAGACCGGUGUUACAAGCCGUACGUCACGGCAGAGCCUGACGUCAUCAGCAUGGAGCUCACUCCCUCGGACAGCUACAUGGUGAUGGCAUGCGAUGGUCUCUGGGACGUCGUCAAACCCAGCGAGAUACCGAGACUAGUCAGCAAGGAGAUGCGCGCGACGGGCGACAGGUCUGCCGUAGCCUCGAAGCUCGUCGACCACGCGAGGGCGCUGGGGUCAGCAGACAACAUCUCCGCCAUCGUCGUCUUCUUCGACGAGUUCCGCGGAGGAGACGGUGUCGCCGCGGCGACGACCCCAAGCGUGUUCGCGCGACGGCUGGGGUCGCACGGGCCGCGCUCCCGCCCCAACAGCCUGUCGCUGCCCGAGGGGGCGCCACCACACGCCGGCGACAGCAGACGCACGCGCAACUUCAGCAGUGUCUCCCCGCUCUCCUGCAAGCACCAGUAG